CAAUAUAACCACCUCUAGAAGCAGGCAUUAAGACAACGUUAAUCGUUAAACUGCAGUUAAAAACUGAACUGAAUUGAUUCAAUAACUCGCCAAUAAGCCAACGGUUACAUUUGGCUAAUACUCUCGUUAGCUAACGCAAUUUAAAUUUAACUUAAAUGUUGCUAAUCUAACGUUAAACUAUACUACCUAGGUAGUGUAAGGCUAAUAGCGAAAUGCUAAUCAGUUAGCUAGCUAACGUCGCGGCGUUCUGGACUUGAAGAAACAAAUCAUAAUAUUUGGAAAAUAAAAUAAAGAGAAGUGUGGCGUUAACUAUGAGUAGUUAACAGGUGCCUUCCAUGCUGGCGGGAUGAAUAGCCAUUUGACAGAGCUGAACACAACACAAAGCAAACAGGAAUAUAUUGACGCUGAUGACAGUUCUUCAAAAGAUUGUGGCUCUGAGAAGGACAAUAUUGUCCACCAAGGCCCUGCAGGGACUCCUGUAUGGACAGGGCCCCCUUCAGAUGUCAGUCUGCCUGGAGUAGUUCCCCAUCCUCACCAGCAUAUGAUCCAGCCAGGAAUGGUGGAUCCUCUCAGCUUAAGGUUCCACUGUCCAUGUCAGUCCACUCAGUGUCAGCUGACUUAUCCAGACUACCUCCUGGAGCCCCAGUCGAGUCAGUAUCACCUCCUCACUGAUCUUUGUUUCCUCAGCCCUGUGCCUGGUCCACCAGACAGCAGCCAUCACAGCUCAGUUUCUGCUGGUUGGUUUACUAAUGAACCCAUUCUCUGCAGCAUGAUGCCGAGGGACUUACGUGCCCCUGUCCCCAGUAUCUGUGUACCACAGGCUGUGGACCAUCAGCAGUUUCAGGAGGGACUGACUGAAUUUACAUCCCACAUCACACAGCCUAUGGUGUGUAAUGUAAGGGGAGGUGGACAGGUUGUGUUGGUUAACCCCUGUGAGCCAGGACCGGUGUUCCUUACCCUGAAAUCUGCACCAACACACAGAGAUGACGGCCCAACUCAGGGGAAAGAUGUGAGUGUGUUGGGGACUCCCAGCCAGCCUCCCCAGUACCACCAGACAGCUUGUCCCCUGUAUGAGUCCAGGGAUCAGACAGCCAACAUGCAGCCUCAAGCCCCUUCAGCACGAACUGUUGGACCUUUGUGUGACUCCAAGUCCAGGAAACCCUGCCACUGCACCAGAUCCCAGUGCCUCAAACUCUACUGUGAGUGUUUUGCCAAUGGAGUGAUGUGCAGUAACUGUGACUGCUCUAACUGCCACAAUAAUGCAGAGCAUGAAAUGAAGCGUCACAAGGCAAUUAAGUCAUGUUUAGGUCGUAACCCAGAUGCCUUCAGGUCUAAGAUUGCUGGUGGGAAGUCAGGAGAGGUCAAAGGUUGGCACAACAAAGGCUGCAACUGUAAACGCUCUGGCUGCCUUAAGAACUACUGCGAGUGCUAUGAGGCCAACAUCAUGUGUACCUCCUGCUGUAAAUGUGUUGGCUGUAGAAACUAUGAUGACGGCUCAGAAAUAGGCCUCAAAGAGAAGACUGUCAAUGUCAAGGACAAAUGUAUGCCUGUGUCAGUGAUAACCCCUGCGGUGGUGGAGGCUGUGUGCGGCUGUCUGCUGGCCCAGGCUAAGGAGGCUGAGAGGGAGGCCCGGAGCCCCGCCCAGGCUGAGCACAUGGUCCUGGAUGAGUUCGGACACUGUCUCACACAGAUUGUCAAAGCCAUGUUCAAGUAUCAUACAUACUGACACUUCGGAAUUACACUGUGGAGACAUCUCAGGGUCAUACUUCAAAACCUCACCUGGUUAGAAUCCAAGAAAAACUGCUGUGUUUUCGGCUGUUUUAUCUGUGCAGUUUGAAGCAAUAUACAAAACAACGACCAAAGCUCACACAAAAUUGCUUUGAUUUUACAACUACAUGUGUAUCAGUUUAUUUACAGGGUUUAAAAGUUCUAUUUUAAGUUAAGUUAAAAUUUUAAAAUGUUCAACUUUCUAAGUACAGAAUAUAGAUUCUGUUCUUAGAAAGCUUUACUGGUUAAUGUCAAACUUAUGUUCAUAUUGUUGUGUUUCUGAGUGGAGUGAAUUUCCGAUAUUAUUGUUUUAUUGUUAAUACCGGACAAACAAAUAUAAAAAGUUGAGUUCAGUGGUGUAUUAUUUUUAAUAUAGUAUUAUUUGUGCUGUUUGGUGUCUGUAUGAUUUCUUCAGAGCAAUGUUGCUGUUCUGGUUCUGAUUUAGAUUUAUUUUCAGAGGCAGUAUGGAUGGACAGUUACAGUGUUUAUACUAUAAAUAUUGCAAAACAUUGUGGUAAGUUGCUGCCUUUUGUAGCACAUUUCUGUUUUAGAGAUAACAAAAAAUGAGUUGACCAAUCGACAUAUAAAUUAAUAUAAGAAAUGUUAAAACUUAUUUAAUCUUCUGUAUUCAGUUUUGUUGUUAGAAUUUUUAUGUGUUGUCCCAUUUUGGAUUUUUAAAGUAUAUUUAUUUAUUUGCUUUUAGAUUUAUUUGCCUUGAGAAUAAUUUAAUUUAUAGGCUGAACAGGUUCCAAAAUAAAAGUAAUAUUUAUGACA